CACACGAUGGCGGCGCCCAUCUCCCGCGGCCUGUGGCGGCUCCGGGUCCUGGGGCUCGGUUGCCGGGGGCUGCGGGCGGCGGGCGGCGGCUCCCGGGGGGCGGGGGCGGCGGGGCUGCGGGCGGCGGGCGGCGGCUCCCGGGGGGAGGAGGAGGCCGGGUCCGGGGCCUGCGCGCUGGGCCUCGGGCUGGGCGCGGCGGCGGUGGCGGCGGCGCUGCUGCUCCGGGCCCGGGACCAGGAGCGGGGACCGGGCCCGGGACCGGGCCGCAGCCUCGGCCUCUCCGCCCUCCUCCUCCCCACCGUCCGCGCCGCCCGGCCCGUCCCCCCCGACAGCCCCCGCUUCAGGUUCAACUUCAUCGCCGAUGUGGUGGAGAAAACGGGCCCGGCGGUGGUUUACAUCGAAAUCCUGGGCAGGCACCCCUUCAGUGGCAGGGAGAUGCCAAUCUCCAACGGGUCGGGCUUUGCCGUGUCCCAGGACGGUCUGAUCGUCACCAAUGCUCACGUGGUGGCCAACAAGCGGAGGGUGCGGGUGAAGCUGGCCAACGGAGAGGUGUACGAAGCCACCGUUCAUGCUGUGGACCAGCUGGCUGACAUCGCCACCAUCAAAAUCAACCCCAGGGAACCUCUGCCCACACUCGCGCUGGGAGUCUCUUCAGAGAUCCGACAUGGAGAGUUUGUGGUGGCCAUGGGCAGUCCCUUCGCUCUGCAGAACACCAUCACGUCUGGCAUUGUCAGCUCUGUGCAGAGGGGAAGUCGGGAGCUUGGCAUGGGGCACUCGGACAUGGAAUACAUCCAGACAGAUGCCUCCAUCGACUUCGGAAACUCCGGAGGUCCACUGGUCAACUUGGACGGGGAAGUGAUCGGAAUUAACACCAUGAAGGUGACAGCGGGAAUCUCGUUCGCUAUUCCAUCGGAUCGUGUCCGACAAUUCCUGGUGGAGUCGGAGCAGAAGAAAAAGUCAUGGUUCUGGUCGGACACCAAGCGGCGAUACAUCGGAGUCAUGAUGCUGACCCUCACCCCCCAAAUCCUCAGUGAACUGAAGCAGCGUGAUCCCAGAUUCCCGAACAUUUCCUACGGAGUUCUGAUCCACAAGGUCAUCAUCGGGUCACCAGCCAACCUCGCGGGGAUGAGGCCGGGCGACAUUAUCCUGGAGAUCAACGGGCAGCUGGUGAAGUCGGCUGAGGAUGUGUACCGGGCGGUGCACCGGGAGACCUCGCUCACCGUGGUGGUCCGCAGGGGGGCCGAGGAGCUCAUGAUCAACAUCGUGCCGGAGACCACCGAGUGAGGGCUGGGCCGGGGAUCCGGGACCACCGAGAGAUCCCCUGCCCGGGACCACCAGACACCGAGGGAGACCCUCGUCCCGGGCUGCACCUCGGUCAAUACCCACAGACCCAACGUAGGGGUUGUGGGUCAGUCGGCAAGGUUGGGGGCAAGGGAAAGGGUCGGGGGUCAGGCACAGGGGUGUGGGGCUGGGAG